AUGUCCUCCUCAGAUGAGAAGCCAACUUCCUACCUGGCAAGAUAUCGCCAGCUCUCACCCUCAGCAUCCGUCCGAGUCUCACCUCUAUGCCUAGGCGCAAUGACAUUCGGCACAAAGCAAUCAGAGAGAUACGGAGAAUGCAGCAAAGAAGACUCCUUCUCCAUUUUGGAUCAUUACUACGACCAAAGCGGCAACUUCAUCGACACCGCCAAUGUCUAUCACUACGGAGAAACCGAACAAUGGCUAGGCGAGUGGAUGGCCAAACGAGAAAACCGUGAUGAGAUCGUGCUCGCUACCAAGUACUCCAACAUGUAUGAUCCUUCGAAGAAAAUCAAAGUCAAUCUCCAAGGUGACGGUACAAAGUCCAUGCGUCUCUCUAUUGAGAGAUCUCUCAGCAACUUGCAAACAACCUACAUCGACCUCUUCUACGUCCACAUCUGGGAUUUCACCACUUCAAUCCCAGAACUGAUGCAUAGUCUGAACGACUUAGUAUCCUCCGGCAAAGUCAACUAUCUCGGUAUCUCAGACACCCCAGCUUGGAUCGUAGCCAAAGCAAACCAGUACGCCAGAGAUCAUGGAUUGCGUCAAUUCGUUGUUUACCAAGGCAUGUGGAACGCAACUAUGCGGGAUUUUGAAAGAGAUAUCAUCCCCAUGUGCAAGGCUGAGGGUAUGGGACUUUGUCCAUAUGGAGUCCUCAAUCAAGGUCGAUUCCAGACUGCCGAGGGAUUCAAGGAGCGCGAGAAGAACAAUCCUGGACGCAAGAUGAUCAAGACAUCGAGUCGUGAUAAACAGGUCUCAGCUGUUUUGGAAGAAAUCUCCAAGGCCAAGGGUGUGUCGCUUCUCAACAUCGCUUUGGCAUAUAUCUUGAACAAGACCCCUUAUGUCUUUCCAAUCAUUGGAGGGCGCAAGUUGGAACAUCUUGAAGGUAAUAUUCCUGCUAUUGGCGUCCGUUUGUCGUCGGAGGAUGUUGAGAAGAUCGAGUCGUCUUAUGAGUUCGACCAUGGCUUUCCUCAUACUUUCUUGAGUGGUGCACUUUUCGAUGGAAGCAAGCCACGACCCGCCAAUGGACCCGGGGAUGUUUGGUUGACGAAAUCGGCUGGGUAUAUUGAUUGGGUGGAGGAACCAAAGCCCAUUCAUACUGCCUAG